UACAUUCCCUUUUCCACACAGACACUCUAUUUUCUCUAAAAAUAACUGGUAAAUAAUGGCCUCAAUCACUCUAGAGGAGCUUCACACCUACCAUGCCAUUGAUAGAGAGAUAUUUUCUCGACUGGUAGUAACAUUGAUGCGAGAUCCAGCUGAAUCUCUACUGGUCAUGGCAACAUGGCUAUGGCUAGAAGAGAAAGGUUACCCAAACAUGAUACUCAAAAUGAUAAAGCUAUCUGAUCAAUUGGUGAAUGCUCUAGCUGAUGAGGCAGCUUUAUGUCUUAAAUGUUUAGAAUCUAAUUCUCUUCCCGUUAAUGGCAGUAUCGCCAUUACCAUACCUCUAACUGCUAGAGUUAUGGAAAGAAACAUUUCUUUAGAAAUGUUUUACCAAAACAAAUUCUCUGCAAUUAGUGGGAUUAAAAAUUUUCUCAACACUGUUUGUUCUCGUAUUUUUACAGAUAUCUUACAAUGUGUAUUAGCUAGUGGAUCAUCAACACAAGCAGUAAACCCUAAUCAGCAACAGCAAGCUCUUGUUAUUCCAGGUUUUCCUCAUCCAUUGUUUGGUGGUGUUAAUAUAAUGCCAAGGUCUAUCGAUUUUGAUUUUCCUACAGGAGGGCUAUGGGGAUGGGAUCCUGUAAAUAACGUUUCUGAAGAUGAUAGAACUAUGUUUCUUACUUUUUCUAGGGGUUUUCCUGUGACUAAAGAAGAAGUUACUCAGCUUUUUACAAGGUUACAUGGGGAUUGUGUUGUUAGUGUUCAGAUGCAGGAAAAUGUUCCUUCUAAUGAGCAACCUUUGUUUGCUAGAAUGAUUUUGGAUUCUAUUGCCAGUGUUGAUAGAAUCCUCAACGGUAGACGCAUAGCUAAGUUUCGCAUCAACGGGAAGCACAUUUGGGCUCGCAAAUAUGAACGUAGAGAUUAAUUAUUACUGGAAAUUUUGAAUUCACAACUUUAUAUAUAUAGUAUCACAGAUAGUGUAAUAAGUUUGUCUAAAAUUUCAUAUAUAUAUAUAUAUAUUUGUAUAAGCUUGU